AUGGCUUCAUCAUCAUCUUCUAAACCUAUACACCUUUCAUGGCACCUCUUUUACAUUCUCUCUUUUCUCUUCCUUCUAAUCGGUUCUUGCCUCGCAACUAGAACAGGGAAGAUGAUGAUGGUGGAGGUGGACGGAGUUUCAGAGAUGUGGCCGGAGAAUUUGACGGAUUACCCACGAAAGACGGAAAAUGUUUAUCCAUAUCCAAGGUUGCUAUUGAAUAAAUUACCCAAAGGGGUUCCUAUCCCUCCUUCUGGUCCUUCCAAGGGGCAUAAUUCAAUGGUGAACUCUGAACCUCCAAGCUGA